UUGGCAACGGCCGCUGAGUGGGCGCCUCUACCCGACGGAGGCCGCAGAGGCGGAAGGCAGCCGGAGCCGGAGCGCCAGGCCGCGGCCGGUGUGAACCCUAAAACCUCAUUGGCAAAAUGGGGUCCGAAAGCCCAAGCCCUCAAAACCCCAGCUGCAAAAUCAUGACUUUUCGUCCAACGAUAGAGGAGUUCCGGGAAUUUGGAAAGUACAUUGCUUACAUCGAAUCCCAGGGAGCUCACAGGGCAGGACUUGCUAAGGUGAUUCCGCCCAAGGAGUGGAAGCCACGCAGGAGCUACGAUGACAUUGACAGCAUGGUCAUCCCUGCUCCCAUCCAGCAGGUGGUGACGGGCCAGUCUGGACUCUUCACCCAGUAUAAUAUUCAGAAGAAGCCCAUGCUGGUCGGAGACUAUCGGCGCUUGGCCAACAGUGAGAAGUAUUGUACCCCCCGUCAUCAAGAUUUUGAUGACUUGGAACGCAAGUACUGGAAGAAUCUGACUUUUGUGUCUCCUAUUUAUGGGGCUGAUAUUAGCGGUUCCUUGUAUGAUUCGGAUGUGGAGGAAUGGAAUAUCGGGAAUCUGAACACUCUCCUGGACAUGGUGGAGCACCAGUGCGGCAUCAUCAUUGAAGGGGUGAACACCCCCUACCUUUAUUUUGGGAUGUGGAAGACCACCUUCGCGUGGCACACAGAGGACAUGGAUCUCUACAGCAUCAACUACCUGCACUUUGGAGAGCCCAAAUCUUGGUAUGCGAUUCCACCAGAACAUGGCAAGCGGCUGGAAAGGCUGGCAAAAGGGUUUUUCCCUGGGAGCUCCCAAGGCUGCGAUGCCUUCCUCCGUCAUAAGAUGACCCUCAUUUCACCUUCAAUCUUGAAGAAAUAUGGAAUCCCCUUUGACCGGAUCACCCAAGAAGCUGGCGAGUUUAUGAUUACAUUUCCUUAUGGCUAUCAUGCUGGAUUCAACCAUGGGUUCAACUGCGCUGAGUCCACCAACUUUGCCACGCUGCGAUGGAUCGACUACGGCAAGAUGGCCACCCAGUGUACAUGCCGGAAAGAUAUGGUGAAGAUCUCAAUGGACGUCUUUGUACGGGUCCUCCAACCAGACCGGUACGAUUCGUGGAAGCAAGGGAAAGACGUCACGGUCUUGGACCAUAUGAAGCCCACGCCUCUCACCAGCCCAGAGCUGGAAGCCUGGAAUCAGACCAAGGAUGCAUUAAAAGCAAAGAUGCUCCGCAGGGCAAACAGGAAGCGGAGCCAGCCUCGAAGACAUAAGACACAGGAUCAGAAAUCUCUAGGGGAUGUCAUGGCGAUGGAGACUGCCCUGGAUGAAGUGAAAGUGAAGGAGGAGCAGCAGAGAAUCCCAACUUUGGACGAAGAGGGGAAAAGAAAAGAGGGGGAGUGCAAGCCAAAGAUCCGUACCCCAAAAGUCAAAGGGGAAAGGAAGAAGAAACAGAAGCAUCCCCUGUCACUGCCACCCCAGCUCCCACUGCAGCCGCUGCUGCCUCCACUGUUGCAACCACAGCCUUCUCCAGCCAGGCAAGAAGAAGGACAGCAGUCACCAGCCCCUCGAGAGCAAGACCAGCUGCAGCCCAAGCCCCCAAAGUCUGCCUCAGCAGAAGAAAUCAUCCCGCCCAUGCCUACCCUCGAUUCCCUGGCCUCUGCAGCCCUCCAAGAAGAGGAGGAGUCCAAGGCCCAUCCCAUUAUACAAAAGCUUUACGUUGUUCAACGGCCCAAAAAGCCAUCCUCUCAAAAGAAACGCUUGUCCUGCCAGAAGAUGUUUAAGAAGUUCCUCACGCAGGAACAAGUGGUAGAUAUUGGUGUGAAAGUCGAGGAGAGCGGAGGAGGAGACAACCCCGAGGUGCCUGCGGAGCCCAGUAAAUUACAGACCACCUCUUCUUUCUCGAAACUGAAGAUGGAAAUCAAGAAGAGCCGUCGCCACCCACUGGGCAAGCCACCCACACGUUCCCCGCUGUCUGUAGUGAAGCAGGAAACGGCAUCUAGCGAUGAGGAAACUCUUCCCUUCUCUGGCGAAGAGGAUGUUGGUGAUCGUGAGCCACUGAAGUCCUUGCUUUCCCUCCAGUGGAAAAGCAAAUCGCCCAACUUCCCCGCGGAGAGGAAAUUUAAUGCUGCCGCUGCCUUGAGUGAGCCCUACUGCGCCAUCUGCACCCUCUUCUACCCUUAUAAUCAGGCAUUGCAGAUGGAAAAAGAGGCCCCACCCCCCUCAGGAGAAAGCUCUGCACUACAGCCACCUUUGAGAAGUAGGCAGAAGACCAAGCCUUUGAUCCCAGAAAUGUGCUUCACGUCCAGUGCAGAGAACACUGAGCCUCUCCCUUCCAGCUCUUACAUCGGAGAGGAUGGGAGCAGCCUGUUGAUCUCUUGUGCCAAGUGCUGCCUGCAGGUCCAUGCCAGUUGCUAUGGGAUACGCCCUGACCUAGUAAAUGAAGUCUGGACCUGUUCACGGUGCUCUGCCAAUGCAUUGGCAGUGGACUGCUGUCUCUGUAAUCUCAGGGGAGGAGCCCUGCAGAGGACCACGGAUGGAAGGUGGGUCCACGUGAUCUGUGCAAUUGCUGUCCCAGAGGCCCGUUUCCUUAACGUCAUCGAGCGUCACCCGGUUGACAUCACUGCCAUUCCUGAGCAAAGGUGGAAACUGAAAUGUGUGUACUGCCGGAGGCGGAUGAAGAAAAUUUCGGGUGCCUGCAUCCAGUGCUCCUACGAGCAUUGCUCCACCUCCUUCCACGUCACCUGUGCCCAUGCAGCCGGAGUGCCCAUAGAACCAGAUGAUUGGCCCUAUGUUGUGUCUAUCACGUGCUUCAAGCAUAAGGCAGCCAGUCAUAUCAUCCCAUUUUCCAGGGAGGUGUCCCUGGGUCAGACAGUGAUCACGAAGAACCUGAAUGGGCUCUACUACCGGUGUAAAGUGAUUGGCACAACAACGCAGACCUUCUAUGAAGUCAAUUUUGAUGAUGGUUCUUACAGUGACAACAUUUACCCAGAGAGCAUCAUUAGCAGAGACUGCCUCAAGAUGGGGCCUCCUGCCGAGGGGGAGCUGGUCCAGCUGCAGUGGACCGAUGAUGACAUCGCUUGCAAGGAGGCCAGAUUCAUUGCUGCCCAGAUCAGCCAGAUCUUCCAGGUUGAGUUUGAAGACCGCUCCCAACUGAUGGUCAAACGGCGUGAUAUCUACACUCUGGAGGAGGAGCUGCCCAAGAGAGUAAAGUCACGCCUGUCCUUCAGCACUGGAGCUCCUCAGGAAGACGUGUUCGUAGGAGACAACUCAAAGGCGGCCAAACGCCCUCGGGUGGGUGCCACCGAGAACCCUGAGGGCUGCAGGCUGAGCCCCGACUACUUGGCGAUCGUGGAGUCCCUGCUCCAAGCUCAGUCGGGAGCGAAAAGCACCACCAUGUUCUAAACCAGGAUGAACAAUGAUUUUUUUUUUAAAUCGCUGCAUUUUUAAAUACCCUUUUCAAAUCCCUGCGAAAAAGUAAUUUAAGUAAAAAAAACUGUGGAGUGAGAGGCCCAGACUUGUGCAAUAACUUGCUAGUAAUUCCUUCUGUUCUUGCUUUGGACCUCAGAGGACCGUGUCGUGCUCUGGCCUACCUCUGUUCUUCCUGGCAAAGGAUUUUUGAAUGAAUGAAACCUGGUCCAUAGAAACUUCGGAAGAAUCUGCACUAGUGGAACGUGUAUCACUAGACUUUGGGUCUGUCUUCUUUUGUUUGUUUUGUUGGUAAAAUGCUUGGGGAAAUAUUCUAAAUUUGCAGCAAUGGUUCCAGUUUUUCAACCGUGGCCCCUCCCUUCCUUGUAUUUUUCUUCUCCUCUCCUUUUUGAGAAGGUGCUAUUUUACAGACUACUGAAGCAGCCUUUUUGGGAUUAGCAGUUUGUGUGUGUGUGUAUAUAUUUUCUGUAAAAAGGCAGAAAGUGUGUUUAAAAACAUAAUGCAAAUAACAGCAAAAACUGGGAGGGAGGUAUGAAGUUUCUACAUUAUUUCCCUUGUUAUGUUGCUUUGAGACUAGUGAAAUUUUCCUUUUUGAUGCUGUCAAAGGAUCUGUGGCUGUGUUGGGGGGAGGAAGAGCAGACUUGUUGAAAUACCUCUCUGGGAUGGAAGAGUACAUGAGAAAAGGCAGCUGCCUUGGAUGCAGUGCUGUAGAAGAACUAAGACCCCCUCCACUGUCACUCGGUGGCCUGACCCCUCUUGCCCAUCAGGCCCCACCUCAGGAGUUGCAUUUUUAUCCUGGAAGCAGGGGUUUGAAGAGGUGCAUGUCAACUGAGCUGCACCUGGCAGAUGAGAGCAGCGGGGAAUGAAAGGAAAUAUUCUGCAGGGGAAGGGGGGGGCGGCACGGGGAGUGUACAGUCCUCAUCCCAGCAGGUGCAACAUGACACAAUUCCUGGGAUCCCCGUGCCUUGCUGGCAACCACAUUCUGCUUAUUUCUCAGCACUCCGUGAUCGCAAAAGCCAACACAUCUAAGGCGGGGAUGGUUAGCCCAAAUUUUGUCUCCGAGCCCAGUAAACCCUUUGUGCUGUCCCUUUUGAUGAGUAUGAUUUUUCAGAGAGAUAUUUUUCAUACGUGUAUUUACAUAUUUCAAGAUCCCCAUUAUCACAGCUGGCUGAGAAGCUGCAGCACAGGGAAAGAGGAGGUGUGUGCAGUGUGCCCUUGCGCACCUGCACCCUUCACUGGAGGAGACAUUCCCUAGCUACCUUCUCGUGGUGCAGUGCUGUUUACUUGGCAAAAGGCCAUUUCAAGAGCCAGGGUUUGCCUACCAGGCUAUGAACAUCUUACGAGCUGGAAUCAUGCUGUGCACCCAGUUAGUUGGCCACUCCAGUUCGCCCUGUGCAACGGUUCAGUUGUGUGUGCAGGGGGAGGGGUUGAGAUGAUCUUGGCUUGUCUCUCCACUCCUCUUCAUCGUGCUCAUGCAGCCUGCCCUUCCCUUGGCACACGGGAUUUCAUCGCGCUGUAAGUCUUGGGAGCUUAUUGUAGGAGGCGGGGUGAGUCUUGUUUGCACCCUGCGUACCGAUUCCAUGGGACUGUUGGGGAGUCAAUUUGCAUCUUGGCAAGUGAAUUUUUCAUGUUGGUUUCUCUUCCAGCCCAUUUUCUGACACUUCUCUUGUUCAGGGGAUCAAAAGUGGUAUUCCCUCCUCGCCCCCAGAUCCAUUGAAGAAAGUGUACGUGGGUUUCCAAUUCAGCACCUUCUGCGAAUGCCUUUCAGCUUAUUAAAGAAAAGCUGUUUCCUGCUGGGGCACCCCUCUGCUUUGCAUACGGAAGUGUUACGUGACGACAAGUGGGAUCUUCCUGAUUUGAGGUUGAUCCCUUGCUGAAAAGGCCUGCAUCCAUCACCCCCCACCCACCCCACAAAGGCACCUCCUUCUUUCAGGACAGCCCUGAAUCCUUUCAAGGAACACAGAAUUACUGGGGAAGUAAUUUACAUGUUUAAAAAAUAAAGAUUCACCUCUGAUUACUGUUUUGAUUAACAAGCCACAGGAAAAAGAACAAAAUAUUCCAAAGCAAGAAUUUGGAGUGGCAGAUCACUUUCAAAGAAAAAACUAACAACCGGGGGUGGGGGGGUGUCCACUUGUGGGGGGCGCGCAGGUUGAGAGCAGGGGAUCCUGCUGCUUGGGUCAGUGCUUGUUGCUGGGACUCUUGUGCAUAUUUAUAUUGUAAAAAAAGAAACGUGUUUCUUUCCCCCUCUGCUCCUCAGUUCUUCAGGUGAUGAACUCGGUUUCGUUUCUAUGCCGUGCAUCUGGCUUUUUGUAGAACCUGGAUGUUUUUUGUUGAUGUUGUAGCUGGGAUUUUUUUUCCUUUUUCUAAUACACUUACCAGUUUGGGAAUGACUUUGUUUUCUCUUUAAAGGGGUGAGGCUCACUGUGGGGAAGGAACUAGGCAAAUUAGCCCUUCGUCUUUACCUCUUCCCUUCUCAGCCCCACUUUCCAAGCGACUCUCUAUUUGUCAGUGUCUAUGUGAUUAUAUAAAAGGGGGAUUUGUUUGCUCUUACAGAAAUGUGAUUGUUUUCUUUUUGUAUCAUCUCCCCCUCCUCCCCCUCCCCCCAAUUUAUAGUCGAUGCCUACUCAAGUAUUA